AAUUUUACGGUGAAGGGAGGAGGGGCAACGAUAGAUUUCGCUUCGUUGCCGUGUAAUAAAUUUCUAGUGAUUUGUGAUAAAAUCAUUAUAAAUGGAUUGAAUUAAGUGACAUUACUCUACGCCAUAUGAGUGCAUUGGAUGGUUCAGUAUCUGUUUCUGAAGACCGGCGAUUGCAUUCCGACCGCUCCCAGUGCGUAGAGUAGGUACGUCAGUCGUUAAGUAUUUUUCAUGCUGUUUGUACUACUUGCGUAUAGUAGGGGCCGUGUGAUAGUAAAAGCUGUUGGAAAGUGCAUUCAUACGGGAAACUGUCGCCGUAAAAACUAAUCUCACGUUCCGUUUAAUUUAGAGCGCAAAGUGUUAAGUGGCGGUAUUUGUGCGAAUUCGAUGUUUGUGGCCAUUUUUGGCUGUUUCUAAUCAGUGGUAUUUACGUGCAAAGUAUCGUUUAUAUCGUGUCCUACGUGUCGCGAACAAGUUGAGUUCAGUGUAGUUAACCACUAAACAUAAUGACUUUACCUAUUUAAUAUUCACCCAUUUAGCUUUAAAGCUAUAACAUAGAGUCAGUUUAGACAUGAUAAUAAGGCCACCGCAGACAUGGACGGCGUGAAGAAAAUCCACUCAGGAACACUGUAUCGCAACGGUCCGGUAGAGGGCGCGUAUGGUCCGCAGCACAGCCCCGUGUCGCGGUCGGACGCCUCCACCGAAGACGCGGAGCUCUCGGCUGCAUUGGCGCACCAGCAUCAUCUUGCUAUGCAGGCCGGUGAGUACCCCGUGGGCGGCGGCGUGGAGCCCGACUACGGGCAGUACGUGUCUUCCCCCGCCGCGCACUACAACCACAUGGGCCACCUCACUAUGGCGCCGUCGCAGAAGUACCCUCAUGUGAUGGAGGCGGUGUCGGUGGGCAGCGGGUACGCGGGCGCGGGCGCGGGGGCGGGCGCGCACUACGGCACGUACGCGCACUACGGCGCCGCCUACCCCGCGCAGCCCGCCUACCUCGUGGAGCCGCAGGUGCCCGCCUACAUGGCGCAGGAAUAUGUGGAGGGAGGAGGUAGCGCGUCUCCAAGAAGCGCAUCUCCGGGAGCUAUGCCGCCUCAACACAACUUACAUCUGCAGCAGAGGUACGACUCAGCGUCGCUGGAGCAGCUGGGGCGGCACUACUGUGUGACGUCACCGCGCGGCGAGUACGCGGGCGACGCGUACGCGUACCAACACUAUCCCGCCGCGUACGAGCCCCCGCACCAACCGCCGCCCUUCAAGGAUUCACAAAACGGUCUAAGUUUAGGAAGCACGGGCGGGCAGUCGAUGUAUGGCGACGAAGAGGAAUUACAGAAACAAAUGGCGAAUAUGGCGCUAGUUCACGGCGGAGUGGGGGUGGUGGGUCGCGAAGACGGCGGCGGUCUGCAGUGGAGGGACCCCAACCUGCCCGAAGUGAUCGGCUUCCUCAACUCGCCGUCGGACGUCGUGAAGGCGAACGCGGCGGCCUACCUGCAGCAUCUCACGUACAUGGACGAUCCUAACAAACAGAAGACCAGGAGCUUAGGCGGCAUCCCCCCUCUAGUGCGGCUGAUAUCGCACGAGAACCCCGAAGUUUGCCGCAACGCAUGCGGCGCGCUGCGGAACUUGUCGUACGGGCGGCAGAACGACGAGAACAAGCGCGCCAUACGCGACGCGGGCGGCAUCCCCGCGCUCAUGGCGCUACUGUGCCGGGCUACCGACAUGGAGGUGAAGGAGCUGGUUACUGGCGUGAUAUGGAACAUGUCUUCGUGCGAGGACCUGAAGCAGUCCAUCAUCGAUGAUGCAGCUCAGGUCAUAGUCAACAAGGUGAUCAUCCCGCACUCGGGCUGGCACCCCACCAACCCUGGCGACACCUACUGGUCCACUGUGUUCCGCAACGCGUCGGGCGUGCUGCGCAACGCGUCGUCGGCGGGCGAGUACGCGCGGCGCCGGCUGCGCUCGCUGGCCGGGCUGGCGGAGGCGCUGCUGCACGCGGUGCGCGCCGCGCUCAGCGCCAACGCCAUCGGCACCAAGAUCGUGGAGAACUGCGUGUGCGUGCUGCGGAACCUGUCCUACAGGUGUCAAGAAAUAGAAGAUCCACUAUACGACACCAGAGCACCGCCUACACAAUCUUCAGGACAAGCCAGGAUACAGGCCAGUGCGUCUAAAGGUGAAAAUCUGGGCUGCUUCGGUGGCAGUAAAAAGAAGAAGGAGGGCUCAUCGUCGUCAAACUCCACGAGCCCGCUCGGCAAGAGCGAGCCCGAGCCGCAGCCGCUCGACAGCAGCGCGCAGCUCGGCUACAGCGUGCCCAAGGGCACCGAGAUGCUGUGGUCGCCUGAGGUGGUGCCUCUAUACAUGGCGCUGCUGCAGACGUGCUCCAACCCCGAGACGCUGGAGGCGGCGGCGGGCGCGCUGCAGAACCUCGCCGCUUGCUACUGGCAGCCGUCCAUAGACAUACGGGCCGCUGUGAGGAAAGAGAAAGGUCUACCGAUCUUAGUGGAGUUGUUGCGGAUGGAGGUGGACAGGGUGGUGUGUGCGGUGGCCACGGCGCUCCGGAACCUGGCCAUCGACCAGCGGAACAAGGAGCUGAUCGGCAAGUACGCCAUGCGGGAUCUGGUGCAGAAGCUGCCGAGCGGCAACCAACAGCAUGACCAGGGCACGUCGGACGACACGAUAGCAGCAGUGCUGGCGACGCUGAACGAAGUGAUCAAGAAGAGCGCGGAGUUCUCGCGCUCGCUGCUGGAGGCGGGCGGCGUGGAGAGGCUGCUCAACCUGACCAAGCAGCGCCAUCGCCACACCCCCAGGGUGCUCAAGUUUGCGGGUCAAGUGUUGAUGACCAUGUGGUCGCACGCGGAGUUGCGCGAAGUGUACCGCAAGCACGGCUGGCGUGAGGCGGACUUCCUAACACCAGCGCGCGCCGCCCAGCCGCGAGCUUCCUCCAACACUAGCGGUCAGGGUACGCCGAUGUCUGGAGGCGCGCCGCACUCGCCGUCUGCUGCCAACAGCACCCUGAGCCGGCCCAUGGCUUCCACGGGCGGCACGCGUUACGAGGACCGCACCAUACGACGCCAUCGAGAGAACGAUGACAUACCUGCGAUGGACGUCAACUACGCAGACGGGCUCGGCAUGGGUAACCCCAACGGCCGGCCCAUGAACCUUCAAGGCGUGCAAGCGCAAAUGCCACCACCGAGCAGUCGCUAGACUACCCCAAACCACAGCCAAGGUCGAGGAAGUUGAAGGGAAAAAGCUGGCAACACCGGAUCUGACGUCACGCGUGCUGCGUCAAAGCAAUUCAUAACAUAAGUGAUUCCGUUUACCCCGCUUCCUUUAAUGUGUUUAUCUUUGCAAGCAAGCAUAAAUGCCACUGUGGAGCCUUCGCUGGACUACUCCGAACCACAGCAAUGGCCGAUGUCGAGAAAGUUGUAGGGAAAAACCUGGCUACACUGGAUCUGACGUCACGCGUGCUGCGUCAAACCAUUAUUACUUAAUAAAUUCGUUUAUUCCGCUAUACUCUUCAUGGUGUGCAAGCACAAACGCCGCUGCGGAGCCCUCGCUAGAUUAGCUAGACUAAAACAGAGCAAUGGCUGAUGUCGAGCAAUUACCAUACCUGGCAACACCAGUGUAGUUCCGGAUCUGACGUCACGCGUGCUACGUCAAACCUAAGUAAUUCCGUUUAUUCCGCGUCCUUUAAUUUAUUUAUUUUCAUGGCGUGCAAGUACUAUUGACGCCGACAAAAAGUCGUUAAACUAUACCCUAUGACAUGGUCGAUGUCGAAGAAGUUUAUAUGGUAACACCGGAUUUGACAUCAUGCGUGAUGCGUCAAACCAAUUCAUAGCCUAAAAACGUAAUUCCGUUUUAGCUAUCUUUAAUAUGGAUAUCUUCAAGUGAAGUGUGAAUUCUAGGUAAGCAUGUUCCACUCGUUGCAUUAUUGCUUACCAAAUAUGUUAUAAUAUGCAUGUCUAUGACACGCGCCAAAAAUAAUCCUCGAUUUUUUUAACACUCAUCUUACAUGGAUAAGUUUAUGAACAAGACAGAUAGUCACCGUCAUACAAAAUAUCACGAUGUUUGCUCAUUAUACAUUGGUCUGGCCAGCGUGUGUGAUUAUUCAUAAUAUUUGCCAGUAAAAUGUAUGACGGAUAAUGUAUGUGCGACACAAAAGAGUAGAAAAUAAAUGAGGCCACUUAUUGUCAUAUGGUAACCCUGUGUACUGUCAUCCACUUGUGAUUGCAACUAUAGUGCGGCCAAAAUCAAGAACUAAUCAAAUGUCGCCAUAUUGUCGACUUUCUCUAUCUAACUCUAGGCGAAUAAUUAAGAUAUCGCAGUAAAGCUGGCAUCAAGAUCAGUCGCGCGCAGACUUAUCUUGCGAGCACUCUGCAUUGAUACUUAAUAAUAAUUGACAAUAUUAUGUUCUUAUUUUAAAUCUAAAUACAUUAAUAAAUAUAUUUGGAAAAUACUUACAUCACUAUUUAACACCGAGCAUCAUCUCAUCAGUUUCAUGAUUUAAGUUUACUAAAUUGAAAAAAAAAAUGAUUUUUUUUUGUAAUUGGUCUGGUAAUUAUUCUAAUUUCUACUAUUAUUUUAAUAAUCUGAUUAAACUAUCAAUAAUAAUUGGUUGCUCUAUAAUAACAGAUCUUUGUGAUAUUAGUGGUGUUGCCACACUACGACUUUAUUAGUUCCACUUUUAUUAACUUAUACUCUUUCAUGUCACACUAUUGAUUGAAGGGUACCCUUUAACUUCUUGUUCUCAAGUACGAAUGGCUUACAGAUAUUAUUGUCAAAGGUCCAAAUAUUCUUAUUUUUUUAUUUAUCAGCUGAGUUUAGAUGAAAAAUAAAAUAAUAGACAAAGUAACUGACGCUAAAUGGCAGACAAUUGAAAAUCGUUGUUCAGAUGUAAAAUCGACAACUCUGUCUUUGAAAUCUAUUUUUAAUUAGUUUUUGAGAAAACCUUUAUUUUGUUUCUGGGGUAAACAUUUUCACAUACAUAGUAAUUUUAAUCGUGAUAUUACCAGUGUAAAAAGAUUUUAAUUUUGCAUUUUGAUUGCUUUUAUUUUUUUUAUUAUUUACCCUAAAUUAAAUUAUGAGUAUGUAUUUUAAUAUUUGUUGUGCGUACUUGUAUUAUUGAAGCAGGGAUUUGAAAGGAUUGAUUGAUAUGGCUGACACGGCGGUAGCAUUUUGAAUAUCGCAUUUUUAACCGACUUCAAAAAGGAGGAGGUUCUCAAUUCUUAACUUAAUUAAAAUCAAUAUAGUAUGGCAAUUUAGAAAAUUUAUGCUCCAUAAAAGAAUUAUGAAUAAUCGGUUGUAUAAUCACGAUGAAAUCAUUACUAUGGACAGGAGUUUAUUAAAUUACACUUUUAUUUCGCUUUUUUGUAUAAUAUUAAUUAUUUAAAAUAAAUUACGGUAAGUACAAGAAAUUAAUGUCGGCUGCUAAAAAAAUUAAUAUUUUAAUUGUUAAAAGUCCUAUUUGAUUUGGGAUUUGGUUGUAUUAUGAAAAUCUAGUUGAAUACAGUUCAAACUUAUUUAUUUAUUUUUAGUGGUAUUGUGAAGUUAAGGAAUGUACAAGGCGAAAUACGUAUUAAAAAAUAACCAUCUGUAGUUAUUUAUCGAUUAUUAUUUGAAUUGUUGGGAACAAUUAUUAGUUUUUGGUCAAAAAGUAUCCAUAAAAAACCUGGCUUCAUAUAAAAUCGUCAUCACCAAAAUUACUGUGAAAAGUUCCGUUAACAAAGUAAAAUGGACAUAAUGGUCUUUGUAUUAAAGUCGUAAAUUCUUUAUCACAUUCAUAUUUUACAGAGUUAUGCUGGCUGUCGAAAUGUAGAAGAAUUUGAACUUUAAUUACAGUAUUAUUAGGUUCGUUUUACUGACUUUGAAGAUUAAUAACUUUAUUCCGACCUAAUGUCUGUGUUAUGAAAGUACAGCUCGUGUGGAUUAACUUGACGCCGGGCUCGAAUGAUGUUUGUACUGAGUUUGUAUGGAUGUGUUUGGUGGCCAGGUGUCAAGUUAAUGCGCACGAGUUAUAGAUUCAAGGUUUUUUUUUCAUACGUUUUUCGUCCGAAAACCAUGAAUUUACAUAUGUUCAAACACGAUCGAGUCAAUUCCCCCUUGUACAUAGUCGUGCCAUUUUAUUACUAAACUAUUUCGCGAUGGGGAUACAGGUUGAUGUUGUGUGUUGAAUUUUUCUAUUUACUGAGGCUCACUGUCGAUAUAUCAUUGACGUAUGGAAUUUCGAUAAUCGUUUUCUACUAAGAGGUACAGUCAGCGACAAAAAAAUAAUAAAAAAUGUUGAAAAACAAUCCAUUCGACGUUUCCGUGUUGUUAUUUGAGUGGUUUGUUUUUCACUGUUACCUUUAACGCACAAAUAUAUUUGCAUACACGAAUUUGUAUGUAUGGGACGUUCUGACAGACAGACAAUUUUGUCAGAUAUGCAUUCAUUUUGCUGUUCGUUCGAUAGCGAAUUAGCCUUAGAAAGAUCUGUCAAAUGAAAAAACCUAUGUGAAAAAUUAAGUGAUGUUCGUUGCUGACUGUCUCUUGUCAAAAUAUGCUACGGAUUAGGCAUAAGUGAAAUGAACGAUCGAUGUAUUAUCUUAACCAUAAUGUACUUUAUAAUAUUCAGGAUUUGAAUAUUGUUAUAUUUAUAUUGUAUACAGUAGACACUUAGCCCUUAUAUAUUAUCUAAGAGUCGUAAAUAUUACGAGUGGGGGGCUAAUAGACGAUGAUGCGAUAUGAAGUUUUUGUAAUAUUUUGUAUUCAUUCCAAAACCUUUGAAUAAUGUAAUAUAGGUGUCUAUUGUCCUCUUAUAUACUUAAGGAAUAUCCGUCUUUUAUAUAGCGUUAAGAGCAUUAUUAGAUUGUAUGUGUAAGCUUUAACAUUUCCGUUUGUAGAUACGCACUGUCAUUUGUUGAGAAUUUCACUGCAUUUGUGUGUGAUCGGUUCAUAAAUAUAGCUAUUCAUUGCAGAAGUACAUUUCCUGUUAAUGUUGAAAUGAACGCGUUCUGUAAUCUGUCGACUUUUUUGACAGAUUAUUGACAGUUAUAACAUUUCGUUGGUCGACUGUACUUUGAAGUGAAACUAUUUUAAUGCACGAUAUCACUGUGUUUAUUAAAAUAGUUUCAAUUCUUUUCGAUGUAAUGAGAUGUUUAUUGUUGAAUUUUUUUUUGGUACCUAUCAAUUUUUUGUAAGUAAAUGUCAUAAUGUGCGAGACAUCAUUUUUUUUUUUUUUCAAUAAAAAAAACAGACUAUUCAUCUUUUUGUGAUGUGGUUUUUGAAUAAUUUUAAAGUAAAUCACAAAUCGAAUUCAAAAAUUAAAUCACGAAAGGAUAUUUUAAGCUUUUAAACAAUUUAUGUAUCCUAUAACAAAGUUUAAAAAUAGUUACAAAAAUAAAUCGCCCACUGAGCGUUCAUGAUCUCUCAAACAAAGAAUUAAUAACAUUAAGGGUCACAGCCCAUUAGAGCUACUCAGCACCUGAUACACAAUCUCUAGUGCGAUUAGUGUCUAUAUAGAGUUCUAUGGAUAUACGAUGUAUACCCCGCGUCACAAAACAAGUCCCGUAGACGCGGCGCUAAUCUCUUAAUGGCGCUCAUUGUAAUUUUGUAAUGGCGGUCUUAUUGUCAUUUGUGUAAGACGCUGUCAAUUUUAGUUCAGGUUUGAGCCUCGGGACUUCUUUCGUGGCGCGGAGUCUACAUGCAACUCUGUAGCAUCAGCAGUGUUGGGUCGCUUUAAUGACCUUAAACGUGUUUGUGAAGUUGGCAGCUUUAGUUUAGAAAAUCGAUAGGCGAUUUCCCUUCGUUUUAUUUAAUUUUUUUUUUUCUAGUGUUGUAGCUAUUUAUUUCACAUAAUCGAACAUAAUAAGCCGAGAGCGGGUGGCAAAUUUUUAGGCAGUGCUUGAUAGAAGAAUCUUUACAUAUAGUCAACUGACGUGUCAAAAGUGCUUGUAAAGUGAGCCUACUAGAAAUAAAAGAAUUUUGAUUUUAAUUUUUAGAAACUGAGAACCUUUCGGGUGUGGUUAUGUAAAGGUUGUUGUUACAUAUUAACUGACUUUGAGUCAGAACAUUGACUCGCUUGUUAUUACUUAAUAUUGGGAACAAAACUGGAGUUUUAUUAUUAGUAGUGGUCUAAUGAGGAAAAUAUGAAUCGUAAAUCGUAUCGAACAAUUAGCGUCUACAAGCCUUUUAGCUUUUAAAAGAACCGAGUAACAUAUUUAAGGAUUCUUUCGAAUUGUGAGAUAGUGAAGUGUAAUUAUUAAGGUUUUUUUAGUAACUUUAGUUAUCUACUUAUUUUUUUUUUGGCCAAUCAGUGUUAACGAAGGUAAAAAUAAUUCUGUUAUGUAAAGAAACUGCAGAGUUAGACAACUAACAUAUUGCAUAUUAGUCUUUGCACUUUAUACAGCUCUGAUUUUUUUUUUUUGUAAAUUUAACAAGCACCCCGUCAAAAUUUUCCACCAGCUCUCGGAUCAUAAUAUAGUGUAAUUAAAAAUAUAAGCGGUAAACGUAAGGGUUUUUUUGUGAUUUUCUAUUUCGAUGUAUUUUUAUGCACAAUAAUGCAUUUCCAAACGUCCGCGACGCGAAGGUGUUUGACUGAGUAACCUGGUACAAAAUUACCCUCAUCCAGUGCAUUAUAUGAUUUAAGUGACGUCAUACUUAUAUAGCAUGGAUUGCGUUAGUAUUGGCAUUAAACACUGAUACAUUGAUAAGUAAUCACUUCUAGAGGUCCUACCUGAAUAGGUUUGAGUUUUUAUCUCUAGAAGUCAUAGCAUUACAUUUACGUACAAAGUGUCUUAAAUAUUUCUCUUUUAUAUGUAUUCAAACAUAUAAAAGAGAAAUAUGUAUGUAAAUGUAGAGCUAAACUGUGCGGAAAAUGAGUGUUGCAAAGAUUUUAUAAUUUUAUUCAAGUAAAUAUGUCACUAACGUAUCGAAACUGAGGCGAACAAAAGUGGCUAAUUGUCUUAAUUUCAUUUAGUCGCAACAACUAUUGUCUACAAUGUCGAGUUGUGUAUUCAAGAAGUAUAAAAUCUAUAUACACAUAUGAGUAACUAUAUAAUGUAAGUAAACACAAAAUUGUGCAUGUAUGCGCUCAGUGGAGAAGUUAAAUUCGGAUCACUUUUUGGGGUGAUUUUGUAGGCACAUAACAUAUCCAAUAGUAUAAAAUCUUUGAGUUAAAUGUGAAUUGUAGUGCAUGUAUGGCAAUCCAUGUUGUAUGAUUAUGACAGUGUAUAUGUAAGUUUUGUAUGAUAUUUUAUUACAAACGAUGUAGCGAUUGUGAAGAGAUAGUUUUUUCAAUACAAUAUUGCUUGCCAGGGCGGCGUCGCUUCUAUGAAGUGAAACCAUUUCUUUUUUAAAUAAAAAUAUCCACAUAUUACAAAUAUUUCGGUUUAGUUGUAAGAAAGAUCAACUUUGUUUUUUUUUAAUUAUUUAAUCAUUACGAUAUUUUUCUAUUUAUGGUUUUUCAUUUUCGUGAGUAAAUUAGGCAAUUGUAGGCAUUAUUAUCAUUACCUUGAUAUUACAUCAUUUAUCAUCAUUUAAAUGUAAUCUAACAUCAAAUUUUAUAUUUAUCUAACGCUCUAAGUAUUGUUGUAUAGUAAAUUACUUAUUAUUUUGCAUUACCUAUACAUAUGUAUACUGAAUGUCUAACUUCCAUUGGCAGCUCUAGAUUUUUUAUUUGUAAUCUCUAGGCCACAGAGCCUCGCUUGGCAUUUUUUGAUAGUUUAAUGUUUUCUUUAGACAGUUGCGCCAUAUCAUAUAGUUUUGAGGUAUACUAAUAUAAAAUGGCGUUAUAUAAAAGAAACUUAUAAACAAAAUUAAGGAAGAAAUUUAUAAUUUUGAUGAUUUUUGUUUAUUUUUUAUAGACAAAGAUUCGUUUUGCCUCUUGCCUGUUUUGUAAAGUAUACGGUAGUCGCAAAAGGACAAGAAUCCAGUAUAGCAAUUGCAAUAAUUUUAGUUUUUUUUAUUUGAUUUAAAUAUUUUGAUAGUAAUAAAAAAAUAAUAUAAAGUUUCUAGUGCUGCCGCGAUACCCACGAGAUCUCUUGAAGGUUUAAAGUAGUAUCUAAGUUUAAAAAAUCACUAUCUCUAGUGUUACACCACAAUUUAAAUAAUUAUAUUUGUUGUCUGUGGUCACACCACAGACUAUUGUAAGAGUUGUUGGAACAGUAAUACUCGAUUUAUUUAUAUUUUAUUUAAGUUUUAUUAAUGAAAUUUUAUUUAACAAACAAAUAAUUAAUUAAUCAUUAUUAAUUUUGUCGUUGCGACAUUAUUUAGAAUGUAUUAAAUAGUUUUUCUUAAUAUUACGUCAUGUUGUAAGUAGAUUUUAAUAGCAAAUAUUCAUUCUAACAUAAAGAAAAUUAUAUUAUACACACCGAAAAUUAAAGAAUGAUUUUUAUUUGGA